UCACUCCUUGUUGUUGAGGUUCUUUUUUGCUUCCUGCUCAACUUGAGGAUGAGUGAAAUCCACCAGUAUAUCCUGGUAACCAAAAACAACUUGACCUCGGACCAGAGAAAGUUGUAUGACUUGGUUCAAGCAGCUGGUAUUGUGAUGCAUCCAACACUUUUCAAGAGCAUCAUGGACCUCCUCAACGAGAAAGUGCCUCCACAUGCUCUCCUCAAUGUACUAAAGGAGCAGAGUGGAAGGAUUCUCAACAGGAGCAACAUCAGCAACGAUAACUUCCUUCCAGAGGAAUUCAUAAAUGGAAACAUGAGAUAAACAAACUGCUGAUCUUCAGGGAUAAUAUCUGGUUGUUGUGGAUUCUGUAAAUGAUCUUACUAGUUACCAAAAGGUUGAAAAGCUUUAGUUAAUAUAGUUUUUUUUAUUAGUUUCCUCUGCUUUCCUCUCCUAUCUUCUCUUCUCUUUUCUUCUCUUCUCUUCUCUUCUCUUCUCUUCUCUUCUCUUCUCUUCUC